UAGAGAGUCCAUAGCCUUUCACGGAAUAAAGCAACAUGUUGUCUGUGCCUAUGCUCCUGAUGUGGUCUCUUCUUCAGGUUGGCUGUGGUCUGCCUACUCCAGAGUCAUUGGAAGUAGAUGUAGAUGGGGGAAUUGAUCAAGAUAUUUUGGACAUCAAUGAAGCUUUAGGACUGAAUCUUUUUGAAGGAGAUAUCAAACACGAUGGGACACGAAACUCCAUUAUCGGUGACAACUAUCGGUGGCCCCUUACCAUCCCCUAUGUCCUUGAGGAUAGCCUGGAAAUGAAUGCUAAAGGACUUAUACUCAAAGCAUUUGAACGAUAUCGUCUAAAAACAUGUAUUGACUUCAAACCUUGGGAAGGAGAACAAAAUUAUAUAUCAGUGUUCAAGGGCAGUGGUUGCUGGUCUUCUGUGGGGAACCGCCAACAAGGGAAACAGCAGCUCUCGAUUGGAGCCAACUGUGACAGGAUUGGAACUAUUCAACAUGAGUUCCUUCAUGCUCUUGGAUUCUGGCAUGAGCAAUCACGAUCUGAUCGGGAUGAUUAUGUCUCCAUAAUGUGGGACAGAAUUCAGUCAGGUAAAGAACACAAUUUCAAUACAUAUGAUGAUAAAACAUCAAGUGCCCUGAAUGUUCCCUAUGAUUACACUUCUGUGAUGCACUAUAGUAAAACGGCAUUCAGGAAUGGAACUGAACCAACCAUAAUAACUAACAUACCAGACUUCAUGGAUGUGAUUGGGCAAAGGAUGGACUUCAGUGAUUAUGAUCUCCAGAAGCUAAAUCGCCUAUACAACUGCACCUCCUCAUUAAGCUUUAUGGACACAUGCACUUUUGAACUUGAAAAUGUGUGUGGCAUGAUUCAAAGUUCAGAAGAUAACAGUGACUGGCAGCGUGUGUCUCAGGUGUCUGCUGGACCACGUACUGACCAUACCAAUAUGGGAGACUGCAAAGAUACUGGGUACUUCAUGCAUUUCAAUACCAGCACUGGCAAAAUCAGAGACUCAGCUGUUCUGGAGAGCCGAAUUCUAUAUCCCAAAAGAGGAUUUCAGUGCUUACAAUUCUAUUAUUACAACAGCGGUCAUGAAAGUGAUUACCUGAACAUCUUAGUCAGGGAGUAUGCUUUAGACGGCUCCACUAGUGCUUUAAGACUCGUUGAAAGGAUACAAGGUUCACCUCUGGAUUAUUGGCAGCUUUACCACAUUCCUUUGAAGGUCACAAGGAAAUUCAGGAUUGCAUUUGAAGGCGUAAAAGGACAUGGUUCAUCCAAUGGAGGCCUCUCUAUUGAUGAUAUUAACCUUUCAGAAACAGAGUGUCCCCAUCAUGUCUGGCAUAUAAGAAAUGUUACCCAUCUCCUCAAUACAAGUCCUGCAGGGACAAAGGGAAGAAUAUUCAGUCCACCUUUUUACUCUAGUAAAGGAUAUGCUUUUCAGGUUGGCUUGUAUGUAAACGGUACUAGUGACAACCCAUUCACCUUGGCAAUAUAUUUGUACUUAAUUUCUGGAGUAAAUGAUGAUCGUCUGCAGUGGCCUUGUGUAUGGCAACAAGUUACUAUGGAGCUGUUGGAUCAAAAUCCUGAUAUUCGUCAACGCAUGUCCAAUCAAAGAAGCAUAACAACAGAUACAUCUGUACUAACAGGUUCCUCUUCAUAUUUUUGGGACAGACCAGACAAAGUAGGAGCACCUGCUAAUUUCAGUAAUGGGACUCAAUUCAUGAGAGGGCCAGGACGAGGAACUAGUGGAUAUCUAACUCAUCAAAGACUCAGAAGCCUCAACUUCAUCAAAGAUGAUGGGGUUUUCAUUCUUUUGUCAAUGGAAGACAUCUCACAUCUGAUUAAUCAAUCAGUCUUUAUAAAUACCACAGCUCCAGGCAGAACCUGUAGAAAUUAUCCCUGUGAAAAUGGCGGUGUCUGCACUGUUGUAGGGGAAAAACCAGAAUGCAGGUGUGCUGUAGGUGAUAACUGGUGGUAUAUGGGAGAGAAGUGUGAGAAGAAAGGCACAACUAAAGAAAAUAUUAUAAUAACUGUUUCUUCAUCAAUUGCUAUAUUUGUCUUUAUGCUACUGGUCACUAUUAUAAGCACAUGUUGCAUAAAAAAGAAAUACCGCCAAAAAAUGAGAGAAAACAAAGAAGCUUGGAUUUUAGAAAAUAGACAUAGGAUGAAUGGAAUCUAAGACAAAAAUCAUGACAAAGAUCGAUCUUUGAAGUAAUCUGGAUGCCUCAACCACACAAAUGUUUUUAGAGUUAUCUUUCAGUUUAGCCUUGCUGCUAAAAUCUUAAGAGUGAAAAAUAAAGCAUCAUCUUAAAUAAGGCUGGGUACUGUCAUAAAACCGAUAAAGUGUCUGAAGUUGUUGGGCUUGUGGGUUCUGCUUAUUGCAGAUGGAAAUGUGUCAUUGUGUGAGAUUUCUGCCGUUUGCUUUAAGUCUCCAUGAACAUGAAGAGCCAUAGAACAAAGAGAGAAGAUUUAAAAAAAAUCUGUUUAAAAAUCAUCAUGAAGCAAGGUUAUCCAUUUUACUACGAUGACUGACACUGUUUUACUGUGCUGCUGGCAUCUUAUCUUGACAUACACAUUCAAGUAAAUAUACACACUUACUAAAUGCUCCC